CUCUCUCAUUUCUUUGAAGAAAAAAAUAAAGAUACUCUUAGAUUCUUCUUGUCUCCAUAUAAGAGCAGAUAUGAUGGGUUCCAGUAAAAGGAUGAUGUUUUGUCUUCUUGUCUGCAUAGGAUUAUUAUCAGACAACAAAUAUAAGGUCUCAGCGUUGAGUAGAGAGUUUUUCCUCAAAGAAACACAAGGAGACAAAGCUGGAGUUCAUCCAGGUGAUAUUGCUGAGCUGAAGAACAUGGAUAUUCAUUUUAGGUACAACCGUGAAGAACACGGAAUCCUCAGCGGAAAUCGACGCAUUCUUGGGGAGGUUAACAAGGAUAAAGUUAAAGCUGAGAAGAUGCAAGCACAAAAGAAUCAGACAAAGGACUCAUUGCAAUCAAGCAAGAGACAUGUAAGACGAGGAUCAGAUCCUAUCCACAACAAAUCGCAGCCAUUUUCUUAAGUGGCACAACAAGAAUGAGAUACAGGAAAAAGGCAGUACACUAUAGAAAUGCAAGAGGAGGAAGAAGACGAAAAAGGCGCAAUAAUCAAGCUGGAGGUAGGCUAGUUGGGUUUUUUCGUGCAAGUAUAGAUUUGAUAGAACACAGAAUAUUGGCUAAUGAAGCCAUCGUGGUAUGAUCUGUUCAGAUACACCAGGAUAACACAUGAUUAGUUUUUUUUUCAAAAAUUUCUAUGGACUUUUUUUUUGCAUUAGUUAUAA